UUUAUAUUGUCUUAACUGAUUAAAAAGUAAGCUGGGUUUGAGCAAUUCUUUUAAACUUUAAAAGUUUUACUCAGAUUUUGAGGCCUUCUCCUAAAAUAUCCAGGGUGCAGAGUGAAUUCACUGGACAAUGGUGAGAGCUUCUGGACCUCUUUCUGCAGAUGAAUCAUUAACAAGAAGAGCUGCAGCCUGGAAGCAGUGGAUCGCACCGUUAUGUUCCUCAAACAAUUAGCUAACUCUUUAUGCUCUGAUGAGCCAGUCUUCACUUUGUUGCUGAGCAGAUGUCUCCAGUAAAAACAAUUUCCCUUUACAACAUGUUGACUUAUCUGUGGCACAGCCCAACACGGUGUGUGUAUGAGACAUCGGGCACAUGGAUCCUAAAAGAAGUGGCACAUACGUCUGAAAUGUAAUAUAAUGUGUCAAAAAUGUUGAGAAGCGAAGAGUUCACAGCGAAUGGAUUUAUCCUCGCAGGUAGUGUGUGGUCCUGGACACAUCAAAACACAUCCACACACUGCAGCAUUCAGCCGGAGAGGAUGUCGGCUGCAAAGAUCCUGCUAUUCCUGCAGAGCCUGUCUCGUCGCAAACCUCUGGAGCCUGAAGGAGAGGUGUCCAACUUUCGCAGAUGCCUGACCACCCUCGACCUGGUGGCCCUGGGGGUUGGCAGCACACUGGGAGCCGGUGUGUAUGUGCUGUCCGGAGAGGUGGCCAGAGCCGUGGCCGGGCCGAGCAUCAUCAUCGCCUUCCUGAUUGCAGCAGUGGCCUCCGUCUUUGCGGGACUUUGCUACGCUGAAUUCGGAGCUCGUGUCCCAAAGACUGGCUCUGCCUACCUCUACAGCUACGUGACUGUGGGAGAGAUUUGGGCUUUUAUCACUGGAUGGAACUUGUUGCUGUCUUAUGUCAUAGGGACGUCAAGCGUUGCCAGAGCAUGGAGCGGGACCUUCGAUGACCUCAUUGGAAAUGUGAUUGCCAACUCUCUGGGCAAACAGGCUGCAAUGAAUUUACCUGGAUUAGCUCCGUACCCAGACUUCUUUGCAGCUGGCCUCAUCAUGCUCUUGGCAGGGAUUCUUGCAUUCGGUGUUAAGGAGUCAGCUAUUGUGAAUAAGGUUUUUACAGCUGUUAACGUCCUGGUGUUGCUGUUUGUUAUCCUCUCUGGAGUCAUUAAGGGGGACAUCAGCAACUGGUACAUUAGUGAAGACUCUCUCCUGUAUGGAUAUGAAAACUACACAUCACUGAAUGACACCAGCAUAUAUGGCAGUGGAGGAUUUUUCCCUUUUGGCUUCGAGGGAACAUUAGCAGGAGCAGCCACAUGCUUUUAUGCAUUUGUUGGAUUUGACUGCAUUGCCACAACAGGAGAGGAGGUUCAAAACCCCCAGAAGUCGAUCCCACUCGGCAUUGUGGCUUCCCUUCUUAUCUGCUUCCUGGCUUAUUUUGGUGUGUCUGCAGCCUUGACCCUUAUGAUGCCAUACUAUUUGCUCAGUGUUCACAGCCCAUUGCCUGUGGCCUUUACAUACAUUGGUUGGGGCCCUGCAAGGUAUGCAGUGGCUGUGGGAUCCCUCUGUGCGCUAUCAACAAGCCUAUUAGGAUCAAUGUUCCCGAUGCCGCGGGUCCUCUUUGCCAUGGCCAGGGACGGACUUCUCUUCAGACCUCUCAGUAAAAUGAGCGACAGACAAAGUCCUGUUAUAGCAACUCUGGCUUCAGGGGUUGUAGCAGCCAUCAUGGCGUUAUUGUUUGACCUGAAGGCUCUGGUGGACAUGAUGUCAAUCGGAACUCUCUUUGCCUACACACUUGUUGCCAUAUGUAUCCUCUUAUUAAGGUACCAAGCUGACCUCGGCGAGGAUUCAAGUUCCAGCAAAGCAGAACCCUUCACAGUCACUGGAGUCUUAUUUCCUCCUUCACAAGCCUCUUCACGUUCAUCCAAAAACGUGUCUGUUUUAAGUGUUUUCAUGAUCUUCUUAGCUAUCAUCCUGAGCCUCGUCAUAUCUCAGGGUAUAGAGUCCCUGCAGAGCCUCGAGUGGUGGAGUUUACUUUGUGUCUCUGUUAUCGUGCUGAUGCUGGUCCUCAUUACCCUGAUCAUCUGGAGGCAGCCACAGAAUACAACCAAAGCUGCUUUCAUGGUUCCUUUUGUGCCAUUGCUUCCCAUUUUCAGCACAUUUGUCAAUGUGUAUCUCAUGGUUCAACUUGGGUCAGACACAUGGAUCCGCUAUGCAGUGUGGAUGGCAGUAGGUUUAAUCAUCUACUUCUGUUACGGCGUUCAGCACAGCGUGCAGAAACAAAGGCUGCAGAAUUCACACAACCACGUCAGUAUUCACAGCAUCAGCACCACUGCAGAGCCUGGACAAGACUCUAAUGGUUAAAUGAUGUGACAUGAUUGAUUUUUAGUUACAACAUUCACGAUUGGAUGAAUUAUUAAGCAAAGCUAAAUGUUAUCAUUUCAUAACAAAUAUGGCCAGUGUGCAGAAAUAUCUUAAUAGUGUUUGCUUAAUGAACUCAGAAAGUUAAAUAAUAAGCAUUUUAGUCACAACCUCUGACCUCUUUUAUAUUGUUCUUGGUGAAAUUCAAUGUCCUAGAAAGUGUAUGAGCUCGCUGACAUUAUCCCUGAGUAAAGCUUCAUGCAAUAAUGUGUUUUCAUUUAGUUGUUUCAGCUAUUGAUAUUGUUUCAUCACAGAGCAAUGUUUGAUGUUUAGGUGCUACCAUUAUACCUCUCUUAUAGUCAGGAUUUUGUGCCAAAAGACAACAUUUAGCUCAUAUGUAUACAAAUAUACCAUAUUCAGUCAGUGAAAAAUGUCAGUGCCCUGCAUUUGCUUUAUAGCUGACAUCAUGGUCGUAAUGCUCAAAAUUAUUCCACAUUUAUGCAGUUUUGCAGUUUCAUAUUCAUAGGAUAUUUGCCUACACUGCUGGUGGCAGGGAUGUUUUUUUUUAGCUGAGCUCCUCGGCUGUAUGUUCACUGUAAUCCUAAUGUAGCCUGAUCUACUGUUACAGUGUUUUAUUUGUAUCCCUUUCUAUAACCAUGUGGCCUAAAUUCACAUUUUCUGUGGUAGGAACAUGAAAUAAACAUGACAUUUUA